AUGAUGCGGUUGCGAAAGUGUGCGGACGUCGGAAUGCAAUGGCACUUCAUACCACCCGGUGCUCCACAUUCUGGGGGCCUCUGGGAGGCUGCAGUACGAUCGGCGAAAGCACAUCUGCUGAAGGUGUUAGGAGAUUCUGCGGUUUCUUACGAGGAUAUGGCAACACUACUUACCCAAGUGGAGUGUUGUUUGAAUUCGCGGCCGCUAACCCAAAUUUCGGAUGAUCCCAACGAUCUUCAACCACUGACUCCAGGACACUUCCUGGUCGGAACGGCCAUGCAAGCAGUACCAUCGACGGACUACACUCAAACAGCGAUAGGGAGGCUAAAUCUGUGGGAGACAGUACAACGGAGACUUCAAGACUUGGAAACGAUGGAGGACCGAAUAUCUGGUCCAACUACAAGGAAGAACCAAGUGGUGGAAACCUCCUGUUGGCGUGAAGGAAGGCAGUUUGGUGGUGAUACGAGACGAUAA